AUGUGGUUCAAGAGUGGAGAAGCAAAGAAAAAGGGAGAGAUUAUAAUACAAUCAGAGGAAGAGUUCAUUAAGGGUACUGCUUGUGAUCAUAAGGAUGCUGGUGUGAAUUUUCCUGAAUAUUAUUAUCAUUUGUGGAGACCUGGGAAAGAUAUGAUCAAGCACGAGAUUCCAGAUGGCUAUAUAUGUAAGAGGUGGACUAAGGCUGCUAUGUGUAGUCAUGGCCUUGAUGAACCUACAAUGAAAACCAAUGUAGUAUCUACAAGUGUUUGGAGGACACAAACACUAAGGAAAUUUGUUAAGUUGGUAACAAGUUGUCAACACUCUUUGCAUGCUAGAGCAGAGGUUGAAUGUUAUUUCAAUCUUUUAAAAGAAAAGAUUGAGAGUGUUAUUGGUACUAUUGAUUUUAAUGAACCGGUUGAAGGUAUUGAAAUUGUUGAUCAUGAAGUUAAGAAUCCGGCAAAAUCAAGACCUAUUGGAGAGAGGAAUUAUAGGCCUAAGAGUAAUUUAGAGAAGGCUUAUAACAAAGCCAGGGGUCAGUGGUUGAAGAAAAAGUCAGUAUACACUCCUUAUAAAAGAUCUAAAGGUCAAGCAGUAGUUCAGGAAUUGGACGAGAAUGGGUGUCCUAUAUCUUAUGCUAAUUCUUUGGCUGAUCCUAAUGAGUUAAUUGUGAUUGAAGAUCCAAGUGCUCAGGUUUGUAAUAAAAAGACUGCCAUUGUAGAAGAUAUCCCUUCAGAUGAUAGUGUUUCAAAUGACUUUGAACAGGAAUAUGGAUAUAGCUCUAUGCAAUCAAACGUUACUGUUGAUCCAGACAUAUCUUCUAUUGUUAAGGGUAAAACAGCUGCAAUUGCUCAUGAUGUUGAUAAUUUUCCAACAAGUUCUCAAUUGCCACCAAAGAAACCAAGAAAUGUACAAUUUCCCACAGUUGUGCAUGCUCAAAUCAAUGCUCAAGCUCCUUCUAAAGUUUCUAGCAUUGUUCAAAAUCCUCCAAAAGCUCCAAGAAAUGUUCAAGUUCGUUCUAGUGUUCCGAAGAAAGUUCAAGCUCCUUCUAAUUUUCCAAGAAGUACUCAAGGCUUUUUUUGGAAUGUUCAAGUUGAUUCUAGUAUUUCAAGAAAUGUGCAUGAUGUUCCUAAUGUUCCAAGAAGUACUCAAGGAAAUUCAAGGAAUGUGCAAGUUUCUCCUAGUGUUUCAAGAAAUGUUCUACUUUCUCCUAGUGUUUCAAUGAAUGUUCAAGGAUCUCCUACUGUUUCAAGAAGUACUCAAGGAGGUUCUCCACAGAUUUCAACCAAAUAUGAUAGGUUAUUAGCGUUUUUUGAUACUAGUGUGGCUAAGAGAUUGGCUACAAAUGGUAAAUAAGAGAGUAAAUCAAUAUGCAAUUAUGUUUUGGUGUUUAACUA